AACGGUAGGCAAGAUGAUUUAUAAACAAAAAUGAGCUUACAAAAUGCCAAUUAUUCUAUUUAAAUUUUGAGAUAAAAGUUUAAUGAAACAGUUAAUAUUUGUAUCGAGUGGUAGUGUAAAUAUUGUAACACGAAGAAACCUCUGUGACCAUGGCUUCAAUAAAUGUUCGCGAUCAAAAGAUCGAACAGCAACGUCAAUUGAUGGAGCAAAAAAUGAAGCAGAAAAGGCAGAAUUCAGGAAUGGUCCAAGCCAACGAUCUGCGGGUCGGUUCAGCUAAACGUCCGAUAUCUGGUAGUCGCUCCAGAGAACUCCAUGGCUAUGAUGGUCCGAUGCAAUUUCUUAUGUCGCCAGUCAACCCAGACCAAGUUAUUCCGCUUCAAACAAAUAGAAUGUCAACGUAUGACGAACUAGGCAACCAAAUAGAGGUGCUGACGGUAGGCGACGGCUCCGGCAGCGGAGAGGAGGAAGAGGAGAGCGUGCCCGUUUGCAGCGUGGGCCGCGACGCCAGCGCCGAUGACGUAUGUGCCGACGCGGCCGUCGCUCCCCUUCAGCCGAGGGGCGCUGUGCGCAGGGACCUGUCUCCGAGCCAGACAGCAGAGAUCGAGGGUUCCGUAGAAGGAGCAGUGGAGAUGUUCGUAGUGACCCCUGCUAAGCACGGCACCCUGUAUAAGUGCCGGAUAGCACGCGACCGCAAGGGAAUGGAUAGGGGGCUGUAUCCUACCUACUUUCUGCACCUGGAGAAGGAUUAUGGGAAGAAGGUUUUCUUAUUGGCUGCUCGCAAGCGCAAGAAGUCAGCCACCUCCAACUACCUGAUCUCAACUGACCCUACGGAACUGACGCGUACUGCUGACAGUUUCGCUGGGAAACUCCGCUCCAAUCUCCUGGGGACUGCCUUCACGGUGUAUGAUAAUGGAAAAGCCUGGAGAAAGCACGACCACGCGCGGACCAGACACGAGCUAGCAGCUGUCGUUUAUGACACCAACGUCUUAGGCUUCAAAGGACCUCGCAAAAUGACAGUGAUUUUACCGGGCAUGACACCAGACCGGCAACGCGUCACCAUCGCACCCCAAGACGACAGCGAAACGCUCCUUGAAAGAUUGAAAGCCCAAAACCUGGACGACAUAGUAGUACUACACAACAAAACGCCGGUAUGGAACGACGAAACCCAGUCGUACGUGCUAAACUUCCACGGUAGAGUGACUCAAGCCAGUGUGAAAAAUUUCCAAAUAGUGCACGAUUCGGAACCCGACUAUGUGGUGAUGCAGUUUGGAAGGAUAUCGGAAGAUGUCUUCACGAUGGACUUCAGGUAUCCGCUGUGUGCAUUGCAAGCGUUUGGCAUCGCUCUCAGCUCGUUUGACAGCAAACUUGCUUGCGAGUAAGGUGUUUUGAUACAGUUAACUGGCUUGAAAUGUUUGAGAGAUUCGUUUUAUUCAGAUUUAUUUCAGCAAAUCUCAACGUCACAAAUGAUCUUAUUUAAACAAGUAAGUUCCUAAUUUAAAUUACUAACAGACAAUUUCAAGACAGUUAACUGUAUUUUCUCUGACGAAUUUAUGUAUAGUUUAGUUAUGCGUACGUCAUGGGUAGAAAUUAUAGAUAUCUACUGUACAAUCCCAGUUUUUGCUAGAAAAAGUGGCAUCUAAUUUAUGUAUUAGGUUUUAUCGUUCAAAUAAAUAAUCCACAGAGAAGAGAGCUGAUCAGAAAUACUUCUAAUUUCUGCCCAUGAUAUUAUCAAAUAUAUAGAUAGCAAUGUGUUAAUAAACAAAUGCGCACAUUUUAGUUUGGUGCUUGUCGUGACGUAGGUUGUGUUAGCGUUUUGACUUUCAUCGAUCGUAUUCAUAAGUCUCAUUUUGAUUCUCAUUACGAGGUUUGUACAAAUGUACAGCCUAAAUGGACCGUUUUAUGAAGAUGAUUGUAGGAAAUAAUCCAUGUAAUAACAUAAACUGCUGGAGUAAUAUAAUUUAUAUUUUUGAAAUAAUGUCCCAGUGUCUGAAGAC